AAUACCACGGUUUUAUUUCUUCACAAACGUAUCUAGAAAUUCAUGUGACUUAAGUAGUUAGUAUUUAGAUAAUAGAUAUUAACAUGGCUGCGGCAAAUGAUAAUUCUGGAAACGAAAUACGGUCUUGGUUAAAGAUUGUGUUAAAAGAAGAAAAUUUUAAAGACAUAUCAGUCAAGUUGCAAGGAAAUUCGGAAAAAGGAGAUGGCUAUAUAGGUGAUAUAGUUUUUGUAUCGGCUGAAGGAACCACGGAUAAUCAAUCGUCAAAAAAGUAUGACCUUGUUUUAAAGUGCAGUAAAAAAAGUGAAGCUUUGCGAGAAAAAUCGCCAGUGCAUGAAGCCUUUUUGAAUGAAAUAUUCAUUUAUAAAGAUAUACUGCCGUAUUUUAUUCAGUAUCAAAACGAGAAAGAAGUCAAAACUCCAUUUAACAGCGUGCCAAAAUAUUACGGUUCUUUUACGGAAGAAAAUAUGGAAGUUAUUGUUUUGGAAAAUUUAAAAAGCAACGGCUAUGAACUGUGGCCGAAGAAAGAACCACUGUCACGACAACAUAUCGAUUUGGUAGUAACAGAAUAUGGUAAAUAUCACGCGAUGUCUUUGGCUCUACAACAUCAACGCCCAACCGAGUAUAAAAAAAUUGUCGAUGGAGUCAAAGAUUUUAUGGCAAGAUUUGAAAAAAAGGCGGCUGAUCACCAAAUCCUUUUUGGAACAUCUAUAGAUCAAUCGCAUGACGUGCUUAAAAAUGAUUUAGAUGAUAACAUUUUGUCACGGUGGAAAGGGUUGAAAAAUGAGAUUAAAACUGUUUUGAGAGAUUCAGUAAAAACGAGAACAGGACUGAAGGUAAUUCUGCAUGGCGAUUGCUGGAGCAACAAUUUUAUGUUUCUGCAUAAGGAUGGCGAAGAGAAAAUUCCAGUGAAAGUUGCAUUUUUGGACUGGCAAAUGUCAAGAUACGAUUCUCCAAUUCUAGAUUUGUCCUACUUUUUGUUUACUUGUCUAUCAAAAGAAGAUUUCGAUGCGAUGGACGAUAUUUUGGUUACUUACCAUUCAUCUUUUGUAAAUCGGUUGGGCCAAUUAGGGAUCGAAAAACCAGACACGUUGUACCCACUUAAUCAGUUUUUGGUCGAAUGGAACGAGUCUUGUAAAUUUGGCAUUUUGAUGGCAAGUUUGUUAAUGAAAAUUGUUUGUACAGAAAAGGAUGAAGUUGUGGAUAUAGCUCAAGCCGCUGAAAGUGGAAAAAGUUUUGGCCAUUCCCUGAUAAAUGAAAUUAGGAACAAGGGGAGUUAUAAGGAGAGAAUUAAACCGGUUGUGGAAUAUGCUGCUAAACAUAAUUUAAUAUAAUUUAUGCCUAUUGCAUUUAACAAUAAAAUAUGUGCACAGUA